AUGAUAAAAUAAAUAAAAAGAGAAAUUUUUCUGAAAUUAAUAAGAAAGACUUUACUUAACAAGGAAGCAGCAACUCAACUAAAGUUUCUGAUUAACAUAAAGCGCAAAUCGAAAAAAGUUAGUAAAAUCAUGAAUCUAAAUCAAGGCCUGCAAACAAAUACAAGGAUUUAAAGGAAUGUGAGCUUUAUUCAAACGAAUAGCAGAUAAAAGAAAUUUUAUAAUUAAAAUCUGAUAACAAAUGCUAGAGUGGAAAGUAAUGUUAGUCUAAUCCCCAAAAAUUAUAAUUUGCUAUCACUGACAUUUAAAUUGAGAAUAGUAACAAGAAAAUUAUCAAAUUCAUAGCUCAACCUUUUUCAAAAAGCAAAUAAAAUAUCAUUUGAAGUUAGUUGCCUAUCAAAAAAUUUCUAAUAUUAAAUAUUCCUUAGUGCUAAUAGCUUUAAGAAGUAAAAAACUCGCAUCAAUAGAGAUAUUGAAAUAGAAACUAAAUCCUCCUUAAUCAACUAUCUGUUUCUUUAACGUAUUUAGUUUGCAUGUCAAUCUACAUAUAAUUAUGUACAUUUAUUAAUUAAAAUUAAAAAGAUUUACAAGUUGUUUAUUUUACACAAAAAUAAAAACACAAAAAAGAAAUAUAACAUUAUAUAAUUGAGUUGCAUACAAAUCUAUUUUUUGAUUAUGAAUAAUUUUAAUUAACUUUAAUGCAUAUAAAAUAUCAACUUUAUUCAAGAUUCUAAAAUUAUUCAUUUAUAUUUUUAUUCUCAGAUACUUUAUUUUAUUAAAGAAUAAAAAGAAUAAUCUUACCUUUUUUUAAAAAAAGAUAAUUGA